ACCGGGAAAAUCCAUCUUUGGAUUAUUGUUGUUGUGAUGGUCCUCAUGUGUUAUUUAAAAUAAAUAAUAAUUCUGAACUUUUGUUUGUUUUAAUAAUUGACAAGCUUCAAUUACAACAGAUUAAAUUUAACAAUUGCUUAAUAUUUUUCGCACAGCAAUAUGAUUUUAUAUAAUUUAACCCUUCAACGUGCCACCGGUAUCACUCAUGCUGUUCAUGGGAAUUUUGCUGGAACAAAACAGCAAGAAAUUGCUGUAUCAAGAGGGAAAAUAUUGGAACUUUUGCGACCUGAUCCAAAUACUGGAAAAGUCCAUACUCUGCUUACUGUAGAGAUUUUUGGAGUUAUUCGCUCUAUGAUGGGAUUUCGUCUUACUGGAGGAUCCAAAGAUUAUCUUGUAAUUGGUUCAGAUUCUGGAAAAAUUGUUAUUUUAGAGUAUAAUGCUCAGAAGAAUGUAUUUGAAAAGGUCCAUCAAGAAACAUUUGGUAAAAGUGGGUGCCGUAGAAUAGUUCCAGGGCAGUAUCUGGCAAUUGACCCAAAAGGUCGAGCUGUGAUGAUUGGUGCUGUUGAGAAGAAAAAAUUAGUUUACAUUCUGAAUCGCGAUACUGCUGCUCGCCUUACCAUUUCUUCACCUUUGGAAGCCCCUAAAUCUAACACUUUAGUAUAUCACAUGGUUGGAGUUGAUGCUGGGUUUGAAAAUCCUCUUUUUGCUUGCUUAGAGAUGAAUUAUGAAGAAGCUGACAAUGAUCCUACAGGCGAAGCUUCUGUGAAUACUCAACAAACUCUUACAUUUUAUGAAUUGGAUCUUGGGUUAAACAAUGUCAUUAGCAAACAUACUGAGCCAUUGGAAGAGCAUGGCAAUUUCUUAAUAUCAGUUCCUGGUGGAAGUGAUGGUCCCAGUGGUGUUCUCAUCUGUUCAGAAAAUUACAUCACAUACAAAAGUGUAGGAGAUCUGCAUCCUGAUAUUCGAUGUCCUAUUCCUAGACGGAGGAAUGAUUUGGAUGAUCCAGAAAGAGGGAUGAUUUUUGUAUGUAGUGCAACCCAUAAGACAAAGAGUAUGUUCUUUUUCCUUGCGCAAACUGAACAAGGAGAUAUUUUUAAAAUUACGUUGGAAAUUGAUGAUGAUGUGGUUACUGAAAUCAAGCUGAAAUAUUUUGAUACUGUUCCAGUGGCUGCUUCCUUAUGUGUACUCAAAACAGGCUUUCUAUUUGUUGCAUCUGAGUUUGGCAACCAUUACUUAUACCAGAUAGCCCACCUAGGUGAUGAUGAUGAUGAACCUGAAUUUAGCAGUGCUAUUCCUUUAGAAGAGGGAGACACUUUCUUCUUUGGUCCUAGAGCUCUAAAAAAUUUAGUACUUGUUGAUGAAUUGGAAAGCCUUUCACCAAUCAUGCAUUGUCAAAUUGCUGAUUUGGCAAAUGAAGACACUCCACAACUAUAUGCAGCCUGCGGUAGAGGGCCACGUUCUACUCUUAGGGUUCUUAGACAUGGUUUGGAAGUUUCUGAAAUGGCUGUUUCAGAACUUCCAGGUAACCCUAAUGCUGUUUGGACUGUAAAAAGAAAUGCUGAUGAGGAGUUUGAUGCCUUUAUUAUUGUAUCCUUCGUCAAUGCAACAUUGGUUUUAUCUAUCGGUGAAACUGUUGAAGAAGUGACAGAUUCUGGUUUCUUAGGAACCACACCUACUCUGGCUUGUGCUCAAAUUGGUGAUAAUGCCUUAGUACAGAUCUACCCUGAUGGAAUUCGUCAUAUCCGUACAGACAAAAGGGUGAAUGAAUGGCGUACUUCAGGAAAGAAAACAAUCAUGAAAUGUGCUGUAAAUCAAAGACAAGUUGUUAUUGCUCUAACUGGGGGAGAACUUGUAUAUUUUGAAAUGGAUCCUUCAGGACAACUAAAUGAAUACAAAGAUCGAAAAGAAAUGAAUUCAGAAGUUAUUUGUAUGGCUUUAGCUAGUGUGCCAAGUGGGGAACAGAGAUCUCGCUUCUUGGCUGUAGGUCUCUUGGACAGCACAGUACGAAUUAUAUCCCUGGAUCCUGCAGAUUGCUUGUCACCCUUAAGUAUGCAGUCACUACCUAACACUCCAGAAUCUCUUGCUAUUGUGGAGAUGGGUGGAGGAGAAGGUACAGAUAGUGGUGGUGGAACCUUAUAUCUUAACAUUGGUUUACAAAAUGGUGGUUUGUUAAGAACUGUAUUGGAUCAGGUUUCUGGAGACUUAACUGAUACUAGAUCUCGUUAUUUGGGUUCAAAACCUGUCAAAUUGUUUAAAGUCCGUAUGCAAGGAAAUGAUGCAGUGGUAGCUAUUUCUAGUCGUUCUUGGCUAAGCUAUUAUUAUCAGAAUCGUUUCCACUUGACACCUUUAUCAUAUGAAACAUUAGAAUAUGCAUCUGGUUUCUCUUCAGAGCAAUGUCCUGAGGGAAUUGUUGCCAUAUCUGCUAAUACACUAAGAAUUUUGGCUUUGGAAAAGCUUGGUGCUGUUUUUAAUCAAGUUGCAACUAAUUUGGAAUAUACCCCAAAAAAAUUUAUAAUUCAUCCAGAAAGCAGUAAUUUGAUUAUAAUUGAAACUGAUCACAAUGCAUACACUGAAAAAACAAAAGGAAUCCGAAAACGUCAAAUGGCAGAAGAAAUGGUUGAAGCUGCUGGUGAAGAGGAGCAAGAAUUGGCUGCUGAUAUGGCUGCUCAAUUUUUAAGUGAAAAUUUGCCAGAAAAUGUAUUUGGAUCUCCAAAAGGAGGAUCUGGUAUGUGGGCAUCCGUCAUUAGAAUCCUUGAUCCCAUUGAAGGAAGAACCAUCUUUAAAAUUCCCCUUGAACAGAAUGAAGCUGCAUUAAGCAUUGCCCUUGUAAAAUUUGCUAGUCAUGGAGAUGCACAAUAUCUUCUAGUGGGUUUAGUGAAGGACUUACAGUUAGGUGUUCGACAUUGUAAUGGUGGACUUAUACAUACUUACAAAGUGUUGAAUGAGGGUAGAAAAUUAGAACUAGUUCAUAUAACUCCUGUAGAGGAGAUGCCUGCUGCUAUAUGCUCUUUCCAAGGAAGAGUGCUUAUUGGAGUAGGAAGCAUGCUUCGUGUAUAUGAAAUUGGCAAAAAGAAGUUGCUCAAAAAGUGUGAAAAUAAGCAUAUUCCCAAUCAAAUUGUAACACUGCAUGCAGUAGGAAACCGAAUCAUUGUUGGUGACAUUCAAGAAAGUUUCUUUUAUGUACGGUACAAAAGGCAAGACAAUCAGCUGAUCAUAUUUGCAGAUGACACCAAUCCAAGGUGGAUCACUAGUGCCUGUCUGCUUGAUCCCAACACAGCUGCUGGAGCUGAUAAAUUUGGAAACAUAUCUGUUAUCCGACUCCCUACUGCUAUUAGUGAUGAAGUGGAAGAAGAUCCAACUGGUGUUAAGGCUCUCUGGGAUAGAGGGUGGUUAGGAGGAUCUUCACAAAAAGCCGACAUCAUAGCCAAUUUCCAUGUUGGUGAAGUAGUGCUUUCCUUGCAGAAGGCAACAUUGAUACCGGGAGGAUCUGAAUCCCUGGUAUAUACAACUCUUUCAGGUUCUAUUGGAAUUCUAGUGCCUUUUACUUCACAUGAGGACCAUGAUUUUUUCCAACAUCUUGAAAUGCACAUGCGAUCUGAAAACCCUCCUCUUUGUGGCAGGGACCAUCUUUCUUUCCGUUCAUAUUAUUAUACUGUCAAGAAUGUGAUUGAUGGAGAUCUGUGUGAACAAUUUAACUCACUUGAGCCUGCCAAACAAAAAAGUAUAGCUAGUGAUUUUGAUAAAACACCUAGCGAGGUUUCAAAGAAAUUGGAAGAAAUUAGAACAAGAUAUGCUUUCUGAAAUGUGUACUUUUCAUCAAUCAUUUUCCUUCAUCCUGAAAUUGUAUAUACAUUUUUAGAACCAUUUUUGAUUUUCAACAUCAUUUGCUUCUUGAAGAAAUAAAUGAUUAUUUUCAUA